CAUAGGGCCCACUACUGUACGGCCCUACCCAGCCCAAGUCGGGUUUCCCCUAUCCGGCACCCCUAUCCAGUCUUCUCGUCGGCCGCACGCAUCCACCCCACGACCGCCGCCGUCCUUGCGCCCGUCUCGUCCGGUCCGUCCAACCUCGAGGCCACCCGCCGGCGGCCGAGCGUCCAUGACGGAGGAACGCAUUUCCAGGGCCUCCGACGAGCCCACAACCGCGACCAAGCAGAGGAAGAAGAGGAAGUGGGAUCAGCCCGCAGAGGACUUGGUCGCCGCGGCUGCUGCUGCUGCUGCGGCGGCGGGUUUGCCCGUGUUGAACGUCGGAGCUCUGUCCGGCGUUCAAUACCCUGGCACUACUGCAUAUCCUGCGGCCCCAUAUGUUUUGCCACCGCAGCUCGCGCCAUCUGUGCUUCAGAGUGCUGCUGCUGCGAUUCAGAAAUUAAGUCAGGUAAAACUACCGGAUGAGCUUAUAGCACGAGAAGUUGUUAUAAAUGACGCUGAUCCAUCUGUGCGAUAUAAGCUCACGAAGCGGCAAACACAGGACGAGAUUCAACAAUGCACAUGCACUGUCAUCAUUACAAGGGGAAAAUACCAUCCUCCUAAUGGACAGCCUGAUGGUGAGAAGCCACUCUAUCUACAUAUCUCUGCAGGAUCUCAGCUAAAAGAUACCGCUGAGCGCAUUAAAGCAGUUGAUCUUGCAGCGUCAAUGAUCGAGGACAUCUUGAAACAUGGCCAAAUGCCAGAAGCCACAUCAGCCAAUUUCCCUUCUAUCCAGAGCAGCAGACAGGCUGUUCCUUUUAGCGCCUCAAUCUUUUUGGGUUUUGACGCAGAUCCAUCAUUGAAUGUUGCAGCUCGCAUCCGUGGACCAAAUGAUCAGUACAUAAAUCACAUUAUGAAUGAAACAGGGGUCACUGUUGUACUAAGAGGAAAAGAUUCAGGGAAUCUUGGCAACUGUCACGCUGAAGCAUCACAGCAACCUCUGCACAUGCACCUAUCAGGUGUGCAUUUGAAGAGCCUAGAAGCUGCAAAGGUUUUAGCAGAAAACCUUCUAGAUACAAUAGCAGCGGAACUUGGUGCUUCCAGAAUUUCUUCUUCAAAAGUAUAUGGUGCUGUUCCACCUCCUCAGCAACUGUUGACUGGUGUGCACACCUCGGGAACAUCUGACAUAUGUGUGUCAACUGGAGCAUCACAUUCCUUUGCCCCUACUGGAGUUACUUCUCCCAUAGCCGCCCCUUCAGUGACACUUCAAUCUGGGGCGCCAACUUAUUCUGGGAUUCUCCCACCCAGUAACCUGAUCUAUCCUAGUCAAGCAGCAAAUCGUGGGGCUUUUUACAAUGGCUAUGGAGACAUCUAUCCCCAGGCAACUCCAUUGCAGCAGGUGGCAUUAACACUCAAGCAUGCUUCAUCUUCGACAACGCAGGUUAUUCCAGUGGCAUCCACAUCAGCAAGCAUGGCAACAAGUGUGAACACCAGUGCAAAGUUGGAGGCAGAUAAACGCUCACAGAGGAGGAAAUUCCAGGAACUGCCAACAGCAGACCUUCAGGUAUUUUCUCUGACCAUGUCUGAAGCUCGCAGGGUGGUAAUAGAUCUAUGUGUUCUUUUUUCCUACAGGGUUUAUUCCAAGUUGGAGUUUGCAAUCGUGAUGGUGUUUUGCUGAUAAGAUAUGCAGGGUUAUUCUGCUUGUGAAUUGGAUGAUUGCUUCUAUUUUCUUGUUGCUAAUGCAAAGUACCAUUGUUUUCAACCUGUUGCUGCCAGCAUGUAGACUUCAUUAAAUGGCAAUUAACAUUGCUACCAUACGCUUCAACAAAUGACUAUUAACAUCGCUAGCAUACAUAUGGCAUUCUCGGCUGAUAUAGUUUUCUUAAUAGGUAUUGGUAUUAAUCUGGUUAAGCCCCACUUUAUUCCUCUGAGAAAAUGCCUACAGUUCUGCAUUUAGAAAACUUGCUCGCUUAGUCACACUCACCUAUACCAAAAAAGGCUUUCGCCCCGCUUUAUAAAUGUGCAAAAUUAUUUUACUAUUUUGUUUAGAACAAAAUGGCUAUAUUAGACACUUAUAGGGAAUAUUUCUUUAUUUCUUAGUUGUACAAACAUUGCCGUCCCCAACUUGCUAAGUCGGCAUGAUUAAUGGUUUUCCAUAUGUUAUGUUUACUUGUACUGUAAUUCGAUAUAAUUCAUGUAUUUAUGCACUGGUGGUGCUGUUUAUGGACAGUAGUUGCCGAUUUCUUCCUUCUUUUGCAUUUUACCAUUAAUAUGCUUUAAUUUAAUUCAAUGCAAAGGAAUUUGAUGGGAAAGUGUUUUUGUUUCAUGUUUCCAGAACUCACAACAGGGGUCCAAAUUUGUUAAGACAGGUUUAGAUGAUCUAGGUAAAAUGAACAGUUCAUCGGUUGCAGCUACAAUGAAAGUUCAGCCUGGAUCAAGUAGGAUACUUCCACAAGAUCCACAUCCAUCUCAUCCAUCUGUAUACACUAGCAUGCCGCCGCCACCACCACCACCCAAGAACAUGUCACUGCCAUAUCUCAAUAGCAUGCCACCCCCACCGCCCAGGAGCAUGCCUCCGCCACCACCUAAGUUCCCUUCAAA